AUGCCGUCCUUAACCGUUCAUUGUUGCACAUGGAAUGUUGGAGAUGAAAAACCGGGAAAUGAGGACCUUUCUUCUCUCCUUGGUGUAAAUGCGAGACCAUUUCCAGAUGUUAUAAGCGUGGCACUUCAAGAGGUUUCGGGAGAAGAUUUUUGGCGGCAGAAGUUGAUGGAACAUCUUUAUCCUCGUGGCUAUGUCUUGAUCAAAUCUAGGAACUGCUGGGCUAUUUGGAUAUUUGCUUUUCUCAAGCGAAACCUUCUGCCUGCAGUCACUAAUAUCGAGUCUGAAGUCACUGCAUCAGGAUACGCUGGUGUUAUGGGGAACAAAGGAGGAGUUAGUGCAAGAUUUGAACUUUGUGGGAUAAACAUGAUAUUCCUUUCUUGUCACUUUACUGCUCAUAUGGAAAAUAAGCGUGACCGUUUAAAUGAUUAUUUUGAUAUCAUUGACCAUCAAAGUUUUAGAGAUGAAGAUGUGAAUGUCAUUUUAGAUCAUGAUUAUGUAUUUUGGAUGGGUGAUUUGAACUUUCGCAUAGAUAACGUCAAAAAAGAUGAAGUGGAGCAAAUGAUAAGAGAAAAUCGACUUAAUGAACUUUUGCAGCAUGACCAACUUUUAAAUAUGAAAAAUGACAAACUGCUUUUUCAUGAUUUCAAUGAAGGCACUAUAUCUUUCCCACCAACUUUCAAGUUUGACAAGGGUACAGAUAUGUAUGACAGUAGCAAGAAGCAACGGGUUCCAGCGUGGACAGAUCGUAUAUUAUACAUGGUCCAUAGAGAUUUCGCUCUGGAUCAUCACCUUAAUCUUCCGCAAACCAGUCGACAGCGAUCAGUCAGUCCAUCUCGUCGGUUACCUGUUCGAGGACCACCAUCACAAAUGGAAGAAAAAUUCCCAUCAAAUGAGUCUGUUAAGGGUAGACAACAUCCUGAAGCUGUUCUGCUCAAAUAUACUAGUUUAAGUGAAUAUAAGAUAUCAGAUCAUCGACCAGUUAUUGCAGUCUUUAGAUUAUCUGUACCUCCUAGGUGGUUCAGUUUACCUGUUAAAUUUGAAGAACCUAAUGGUAAAGAUUUGUCAUAUAAAGAAAUCAUCAUUCCAUUUAAAGAAAUUUGUUCCAAAAUUCUUAUUACGUAAAAGAAAAUAAUUGUUAAUCAGCUAUUAAUUAUGUCAUGCUAACUACCACUACUACUACUACCAGUCAUUUGUGUAUUAUUUCUCGUCUCAUAACUUAUUUGUAUAAUAUAAAGUAGUAUUGCUAUCAGAUGAGAGAUGAAAUAAAUAAUGUUUUCCGAUUAUUAUUACGGAGAAAUUUUCGCUGUUUAUUUUUGUUUUUGCUUUAAUUUUUGCAUCUUCUUGAGUAAUGAAAUAAUCAACAACAAAAAAUUAUCAGCCGUGGUUGUACUGUUAUUAUUGUUCCCCCGGAUUCCUUGUGGAACACAGGGCUUCAAAGACACAUCUCCACUCUGUUCUAUUUUCUGCUGUCCUCUUCUCAGCUGGGUCCACGAUUCCCCAUAAUCUCUCAUCUCCUCCUUCCCAUACGAUCGCCUCCAUGUCACUCCUGCACUGACGACCCACUCAUCGCCUCUCAUUGGGAUUCCACUUGAGCCAUGUCUAUCUGUCUGGAUUCAACAUAGAACU